AUGAAAGAAAGCUCUCACGAUGGAGUCGGAAACCAAAUCCGUAAACCUACCUCUUGAUGCAUUUGGUUCGCAAGAAUCCCAGUCGAUGGGUAAUCGACAGCUCUAUCGAAUUAAUGAGUCGACAAGCGACGCCCAGGAGCUCCUGGAACGGCCAGAUCUCCAGGAUGAGGAUAUUCUCGAUUUUCUUCGUGGCCAAGACAAGGAGACUCGAGCAAAUUCGAAAUCAGCUGCGUCUAAGGCUUACGAGAGUCAGAUCCAGUCCUAUCGGACGCGAAGAUUGGAAAUUCACAAUCUAUCCCAAAAACUUGCCAAUGGCGAAGCCCGAAUUGACGAAGAUGAACGUUUGGUGAGUGUUAGUGAUCAACCCGUGGGGCCUCCUCGGCAAGAUCUUCCACCGCCUCCGCCACCCCGCGAUAUGAAUGCACCAAUAGAUCCACAGCAUCCAAUUGCAAACGACAAUGACGAUGCGGACCGACAGUGGUUGGAACAAGAAGAAAGAAAUGCGGCUGCGGCUAUUGCGCGAGCCAUUAUUCGCUAUCGUGAACAAGGUGUGGCGGUAGAAGACUUGCUCCUCGUACCCGUUCAGAUUGGAGGAGGCCACCAAGAACGGGCUCGACUUACCGUCCGACGUAUUUGUCUUGCCGUCGUGGCCGUUGCGACGGCUUUCUUUUGUAUCAUGAUGCAAUCUUUGCCAUUAUUCCAGGGAAAAGGCGCACCCACAAACGAUGUUCUGGACUUGCCUCUAAUGAAAGAACUCCUUCAUUUACGACUGUUACUGCCUCACGAAAAUUCUUGUCCAAAUUUGUACCGCGAUUCCAACUUGUCCUGGAAGCAACGCUUGUGGAUGAAAUGGUGGGGCAAACGAGAUGUGAUGGACUGUUCCGACGGUGUCCUCCAUAUUCCGGCACAGCACGUCGUUGUUGAUGCGUUCUUACAGACCCAGUCGUCCGAAGAAGUGUCUCUCUUGGAACCUUACAUUGUUAAUGGAUUCCAAAAGUUUUGGUCACUGGAAUGUCGCCCACCGUCGCCUGGUGCAUGGGCAGCACUUUCGGCCUGUUUGGAUAUUCACGUUUCCAAUCACAACGAAAACCAAAGACUGCCUAAUAUCUUGGCAAAAGUUCGUGCAUUGCUCUUCGCCACGUACAGCGUUCGUGACCGUAUCAACCCGCUGGCCUUUCGGGUGAAUGCGGUAGGUCCGAUGGACGGUACCUCCGUUCCAUUGUUUGGGGAAUACCCCACAAACCACUUGGCACGCCUACUGAAUCGAUCAAAUUAUCUGACUUAUAUGGAAAAGUCAAUUCAUCGUAAUGAGAUUGCCCAGUAUUCGCUACCAUGGCCCUUUCGGAUUGAGCCAAAGCGGGAAACGUGCAAUUUGCUGGCGGAUUCCGAAGCCGAUCCUCGUUUUGCAAUUCAUACGUCAGUGUUCUUGUCCGAGGGAGCCGGAGAGGAUUACCGUGGCGGCGUCGCUCUUUAUGUCGACAGCGAUGUUUCGAACACCAAGCCGCGUCACAAAAUUCGAAAUGGUGUAUCUUUUGAUGGAUCACGUGGUCGUGUAGUUGUCUCCACUGGUGGACUAGAGAAUCGACGGUGUCGCUUGCCAGUCCGUGCAGGCAUUCGAGCAGCUUUACAGAUCUGGUGGGGCGUCAACAAUUCCGAGGGGAUGUUGAACAUCUGA